AUGUUACAUCGAAAUGCAUCACACCUCAGCGGCCCAGAAACAAUAGUAAAUAAGUCAGGUAAAACGGCAGCCGAGCGCCAGCAAGCGGAGGCGCUGCCCAGGCCAGGAGCAGCGGUGCCCGGAGGAAGGCUCGCGGGUUGGCAGCCCUGGCGCGGCGAUCAGCUGAGGAGGCUCAGUAGACGCGCCGUUCAAACCACCUGCUGGAAGCGCCUCUCUGGACAUGUGAAAUGGUCCUCCGUCGACCUGCGUGGAGUGAUUAGGCUUCGGACAGGUGGUGGUGGGGAUGAGGCAGCCAUGGCUCUGGAAGACAUCCGUCAUGCCUGCUUCCUGCUGGACUCUGACAAGGUCACAGACAGAAAGAAGGGGUGUGAGCAGCUGCGGGAUCUCCUGAACAACUCCCAGAUUGUGGCCUUGCUCGAUGGAAGGUCCGAAAAUGGCUUCAACUGGGAUGAAGUCUUUUUCUACUCCAAGGCAUUCUUCCUCAAGGAAGCCAGAAAGUUGGAGGAGGAUGAACGAAAGAAGCCUGAGGCAUCACAGAGUAUCUUGUCCAGUAGGGCUAACAUGAAGAGGAAUGCAGCUGCUCUGCCCAAAUUGGUCAUGAGGAAGUCUUCGCAGAAGACUCCCCACAUAUCUACUCACCUGGUCAUAGAUCUGGUGUUGUUGGUGCUCGACAGGACUCGACCAUAUUUGCUAGAGAACUUUGCAGGUGACUUCAUCCAGCUGGCCCAGAAGUAUUUGUUCCGGUUCCAGCAAUACUCACUUAGUAUCCCUCCAGAAAAAUGGAAAGAUUUGCUGAGGAUUUGUAUUUGGGUCUAUGAAAAGGGGAUUCCCAAUGCAGACAGCACAGCAAUCAUUGGAGUGGUGGAGGGCAUAGUGAAGUGCUGCUGUAGAACAAUUGGCAGCCACACCCCCAUGGUCGUCCUGCGACCAGUUCCGUGCUUCCUUAGGAGGAGUCUUACCAACAGCAAGCUCUCAUCCCAAUAUGUAUUGCAGACCAGCUUUCUCAGCCUACUCCUGACUUUCACAAAGGCGAUGGCAGGCGAGUGGCGUCAACUGGUGUGUAGUAUUGGCGAGGAAACUUUCAACCAUGUCCUGGCCAUGUGGGACAGCAGGCCAUCUCUGCGCCAGUCACAGCUCCUUGAGUACUUGAACUUGUUGAUCCUUGUUCAUGAUCCACAGGAAGAAGGGACCCACAAGGAGGGCAGCAUAAGCACGGACCCCAUCACUUGGCAGCGUUGCUUGCACCGCCUCUAUCAGCUUAUCCACGACCACCUAAGUCAGCUGAGUACCAAGAACAAGCUAUCUGGGGUUUCUGGUAGUGUGAGUGCAGAACAGCAGACUAUACCACAGAAUCUGGUGGUGUUAUCUGCCAGGCUGUGCAGCAAGAUUUUCCAAGACACUGCAAAUUAUGGUGUUCUGGACAUCACUCAAUCAAGCAGCACCCAAACAAAUGCCGAUGUGAGUGUGACACAGGCUGGAAAAGCCAACAAGAGGAGGAGGAUUGAAGUUGGUCUACAACCUUUAGCCUCCAAGCUAAGGGAAGAAGGAACUCAUCCACACAUAAUUCCUUGGUACCAAAUUCUCUUGGAGUUGCUGAAAUCAUACUCAGGCAUAUUUGAUCCUGAAAGGUGCUUGCUGAUGUUGGAUAUGUUCACCUGUACCCUGGGAGAGAGCAGGGUGGCAUUUGUACAAGAACACAUCAUACAGUGUCUAGGAGCUCUUGCGUUGCAGUACAAGCAAGUUUUCCCCGAGAGAAGUGCUCACAAACAGAUGAGGAGUGGCAAGUGGUCCCCUGUUUGGCCUAUUAAUCUGAAAAUAUUCCCCAGACUGGUUAGUGGAAAGCAGUGCAUUAAAAAUGGCUUAGAGCUUCUCCAAAUUCUGAUGAAGACAGGCCUUGUGGCUCCUGACCUCUCAAUCUUCAAGUUGUUCUAUCAGGGAUAUGUAGACAUGAAUGCCUCAGCCACAUCCACUCUUCUCGUGGCUUUGACAACUGUGUCAUUGCCAAAGACAUUUAAGAAUGAAUUGUCCGUCCUGCCUCAGGAUCGAGUGCAGGAUGCUCGGGCUAGUCUCCAGAGAAUCCUCUUGCCUUUGGAGGUUGAGGGAACAAGUGGAACUGCAUCCCUAGAGAACCCCUUGCUUCUGGCACAAGUCCUGGUGCUUACUUGCCUCAGGGAUUCAUGCAUAAAACAGGCUGUCUUCAUGCAACACCAGCUGAAGCCAGGAAGACUGAGCAGUAGAGAUCCACUGACUUGCCUGGAAGAACACUAUCUUUUAUCAAGUUUUUCCAAGGCUCUCCCCCAAGGUCACACCAAACUGGAGGAGAACCUAGGAAAUGAGAAAUGGUGUGCAGACAUGAAGAUUCUCCCUCAUGAGCAGGAGAACAUGGUAGAGAGAGUUGUUUCAUAUGUCAGCCAGCUGUUGCCCAUGGUCACUGAGGAAGGAGUGAGAGUGCAGGACUUGACUACACUACUGCAUGCUUCGGAGUUGAUUGUGUCUCUUCAGCUUUAUCUGUCAGAUGCAAGACUGGAGACACUCCUGGAUCAGGUCAUGAGACAGGUAGGUUUGGGUCUCAAGAAGAUUUGGGGCGAACCAGAAGUUUCUCGUUGGAACCAGCUCCUGCCUCUUUUAGAACAUCUCAGCACACUGUACUCUAGAGUCACCAGUUGUGUGAGACUUUGUGAGGAUCAAGCCACAAAGAGGAACAGAGAACAAGUACGGAAAUUGUUGAUGUCCAAAACACCUGCGGUUCUCUACAGCUUGAUUUUGGAGGCAGUUAGGGCUAGGGCCACAAAACCUGCAAACACGACCCAGCUUGGAACUACACAAAUCAGCAUGACCAGAAGAUCCUUUACAAGUGGUAGAAAUGCCAUGAAUGAUGAUUUUGACAUGGACUUUGAUGACAUAGAGAGCGAAUCCACAGUAUUAAUGAAGAGUGACUUUGAACAGUUUGAGAAUGAUGAGGAGGACACAUCCAGUGGCACUGAUGACCAGCUGAAACUUGAUGACAAGAGCACCCUAAGCUUAAAGGACCAGUGCAUUGUGGAGGCCCAGAAGCUCAUCAUCUUUACACAUGGAUUUGUGCAGGCCAGAGAGAGAGAUGAUGAGAAUGACCAGCCUUUAUUGGAGGUUGCAGAAUUGAUGGAGGACCUAGCCAAGAGCAAUCACCUAGAGAUGACUGAUGUUGCUGUGGUGAGUUAA